GACAUGGCACACUUUUUUCUGUCAAUUUGCAUGAAGUGUUAAGUACUUAGCUGUGACAUACCACUCGACAUAAGACUAAUUUACAUAUAUUUUCAGGGUCAUGUGAUGAUCAGCUGUAAGCGAUACAUGUGCACUUCAAAGUUGAUGUCUGCAUGGAUUUUGUUGAUUUUAUCUUGGUUUCAUCUUAAUUUGUUUAAGACACCAUGGAUCACAGUGAUGAUGAGGUAAAAGAGAAACUGAUCUCCAAGGUAACAUCCAGUUACACAGAAAGUGAGGAGGAUGCUGAUGCAAUCACAGAACAGAGUAAGGACUUCAGCCACGAAAACAGAACCUCGUCAUGUAAGACUCUUAUGAACUUGCUGAAGGGAAACAUUGGUCCCGGGAUCUUGGCUCUUCCAAUAGCAUUUAAAUAUGCAGGAUUAUGGGCUGGUGCUGCCGGGCUAUUUUUCCUGGGUUAUGUCUCUCUCCACUGCCAACACAUGUUGAUGACGUGCAGUAAUAUCCUCAAGGAGAGACCAGUAUCUAUGGGACAAAGUUUGGGAUAUGCUGGAGUAGUAGAAAACUGCCUAGCAACAGGCCCCGUCUGUCUCAGGAGAUUCCAGAAUGCAGGACGAGUAGUGAUCAAUGUGUUCCUGAUCGUGACCCAGCUGGGAUUUUGUUGUGUGUAUAUCGUGUUCGUGGCCCAGAAUUUCAGACAGGUGAUUUUAAGCAGCAACAAGGCAAACCUCCACCUGGAUAUGAUUAUAAUGGGGAUUGAACUGAUUGUGAUCAUUGUCUAUUGCACCACGAUACAGAGUCUACACGGCCUGUCCUACUUCUCACUCAUCGCUAACUUCCUCAACUUCGCGGGCCUCUUCUUUGUCAUAUUUUACGUUGUUCAGGACACUCCGUCUCCGAGUGUGAGACCAGCCUUUGUAGGAUGGUACGAUCUUCCCAUGUAUUUUGGAACAGCUGUCUAUGCAUUUGAAGGCAUUGGCUUGGUGAUGCCCCUGAAGAACAAGGCUCGAGAUGAGAUGGACUUUUCCAGAAGAUACGGACUCCUGACCUUAGGAAUGACCAUUGUCAUUGCUCUGUACUUGGCCAUAGGAUUUCUAGGGUAUCUCAAGUACGGGGAUCAUGCCUUAGGGAGCAUCACCCUAAAUCUACCACCAGUAGACAUGCUCUCAAGAUUGACCAAAAUAACCUUCGUUGUUUCUGUGUUUGUGACUUAUGGACUUCAGUUUUAUGUGCCAGUCAAUAUACUAUGGCCAAAAAUAGAACACAGACUUUCAAGUUCCAAGGCCAGAUCUGUGGGCAACAUUAUCUUCCGAAUUUCUCUUAUUCUAUUUACAGGUGUGAUAGCGAUGGUCAUUCCCCACUUGGACCUGUUGAUAGCUCUUAUUGGUGCUAUGGCCAGUAGUUCAUUAGCUUUCAUUUUCCCUCCGAUCAUUGAACUUGUGACACUCUCAGCAGACAAUAGCCACCCCUCUGUUUUUGUUAUCCUGAAGGAUGUGGCCAUUAUGUUGCUAGGGAUUGUAGGUUGUAUAACAGGAACUUAUGCUGCUAUUCUAGGAAUUGUCAAUGUAUCAUAAAAUUAACAUUUAUUUGUAUUGCUCACAUAUUCUUCCUCAGCUAAUGUGGAAUUAAACCAUUUUGUAUACUC